AUGGCUGCGGGAAGCACCAUCUACGGGGUGUGUAGAGAGAACAUCGCUAGCCGCAGUAUGUCCCUCCCGUCAAAGCCGCCCACACCCAUGCACACCAACUUCCUGCCGGCCGACACAGAGCUACAGGACGAGAGAGACUACAUCGACAGGCUUAUGUUCCAGGACUACACGGGCGACAACUUCAACAAGAUGAUCAUGCAGAAUUUCUUUAAAGCUCGGAAACCCUGUAACAUGGGUUACGGUAUGCCCCGCCCCGAGACAAGAGAGGGCAGUGUCCAGAACCGCUUGUUCAGUCACCUGAGCCGUAAGCCCAGCGUCGUGCGAGUGCCGUCACAUAGCAGUCUCUGCAAGCAUGUCAUGUGCGAGAGUCACAAUGGUUGCAGUGGAGAGUUUUGUGAGAUCCUCGGACCCGGAUGUUGCUCCUCGUGCAUCGAGACGACCAAUCGAAGCAUCGCUGAGGAGAUUCAGAGGAGGCUGUUCCCUGAAAUUGAGGUUUCACGACGUUGCCUGGUCAAACCAAAGCUGACCAAAGUAAUGAAAGAAGGACACGUAAAGCAGGUGAGGAGAAAGCGCCUAAACGACCUCAGGCAAGCGAGCAAGGGCACAGCCAUCACCAUAGUCACACAGAAAAACACUGAAGUCUCGAAGACAGCGACUAAGUCUGCUACAGCAAAGCCAGUCAAUACCAAACUCAAACGAGGUGAUUCUAUGCAGCUUCCCCCUAUCGGAGUGCCUCAGCUGACCUUCACACCGUCUACCCAAGGCAGUCACAGAGGUUUAUAAAAAUAAUAUUUAAAAAACCCAAUUUAUUACAUUCGACAGAAUCAACAGCCUAAAGUUUGAAAUAGAUGAACUUGGGGGAAGGUGUGGGGAUGAAAGCCAUUCCGCAAUGGAAGUAUAAAGAUGUGCUUUAACAGCAUUUUAAAAAGAAGUUUGUUCAAUAUUUUUAGACUUACUGAGAAGUUGUCGUCUUUAUUUUCGAUUUCGCUGUUGAGUGAUGUCAUGACAGACUAGAGUGUUACCUUCCAUUUUCGCAAACAAGAUACUGUGCAAGAAGCAAAAUGUUGCUACGUCUCCUGUUUUUCUUCUUAUCCUAUACCCUUUUUUCAUGUGACCAUUAUGAUUCUCACGGCAAUGUCGGGGGGAAGGACGAGUACUCCGUGUUACAAAGACUAUGUCUAUAUCUUGUUAAGAAUAUGAAAAAAAUGACGUUUAAACUAAUAAAGGAGAAAAAAGAG